UGCAGCCAGGCGGAGCAACACAUCCCUUCAUUACCGACCCGUCCAGACCGGAGGAGGACAGAGAGGCGAUCCGCGAAAAAGCGAACAGAUGUGACCCGGACUGCGAGAACAAGAGAACAAGCCUUCAGUUUGCAGACGGAGAAGCUCUCUGAUUCCGCUAGUAUGUGGCAGCCCGCGUCGGAGCGAUUGCAGCACUUUCAGACCAUGCUGAAGACCAAGCUCAACGUGCUGACGCUGAGGAAGGAGCCGUUGCCCACGGUGAUCUUCCACGAACCCGAGGCCAUCGAGCUGUGCUCCACCACGCCGCUCACAAAGGGCAGGACCCAUGCUGGAUACAAGGUGGCCUACCUGGGCAAAGUGAGGAUCUCCGGCACCCAGUUCCUGUCGGGCUGCACCGAGGCUGCGGUGGUGGGCCUGGUGGACGGGCGCGCCCUCGCCCAGCAGCAGGGCGCCGCCCCCGGCGCGACCUCCCUGCUGGAGAUCCGUCCCUUCCAGGUGCGUCUUCACCACCUGGACGGGCACGCCGGGGCCUCGGUAACCAUGGACACCUACCAGGUGGCGCGGAUCGCCUACUGCACGGCGGACCACAGCGCGAGGCCCAACGUGUUCGCCUGGAUCUACCGCGAGAUCAACGACGACCUGUCCUUCCAGAUGGACUGCCACGCCGUCGAGUGCGAGAGCAAGCUGGAGGCCAAGAAGCUGGCGCACUCCAUGAUGGAGGCUUUCCGCAAGACUUUCCACAGCAUGCGCAGCGACGGCCGCAUCCACAAGAGCGGCUCGUCGGACGACUUCGCCGAGGACUCGUCCACCGCCGAGGACACGACCCCGGACGACGGCUGAACUGAACUCCCCCCCCCCCCCCCCCCACCCCCGACGCCCCCGUCCCCGAACGGGGGGGCGAUGGGUUUACCGGAAGGAUGGACAGAUUAACCUGCUCUCUCUCUCUCUCUCUCUCUCAUUCUCCCCUCUGCGAUCCUCCCUGUUACCAAUUUGGAACAAAAUGAACUGACCCUGUGACCCCCCCGACCCCCCCGCCAGUAUGACGAAGUCGUUUUUAAAUACUGUGACGGGAGUUCCAAAAGACCAACAUUCACAUACAGGGAUAUCAAAGUGCUGCCACUUUAAAAAAAAAAUGGCCCUCAAAUGGCCCUCAAAGGCCCACAGGGUGCUUUCAAGCACCUGCGUAUCCGCCCCCAACAGAUCGACCCCACAUUUCCACCUUCAUCUUCAACCACUGUGUCACCCCGGCUCCCAGCAGAGACUCUUGUUUGUGGCUCCGAAGCCUUUGGCGCGGCAGACAAACCGAGUUCAGUCCCAGCUCGUGAAAACCCAGCGCUACUCUUGCCAUGUAGGGACCCGGCACAAAGAAGGCCUGUGACUUAUUUUUUCGGGUCCCGACCCCAGAGUGUAUGAGACUGUUGGAGCACAUGAAUUCUUUUUAGAUGUUUUAAUUAUGUGGAUCUCUGUUACAAUGCCUUUUUGACCUCGGUAACGGGCAAAUGAGGAUGUGAAAGAAAAGCUAAGCCUUUAAGCACUAUUCAUAUCAUCACUGCGGUACCUUAGUCCGACCCUGAAAUUACUGUUACACACACGUAGACUACGGAGCCAGAGCUUCUAGCGCUGCCUCCGUUUUUUAACAGCUACUUUGAUGUUCAGAGUAUUCGUGCGGCGCCUCUGGAGAAUGUAGGUGCUACGUAGAUGUUACGUUUUAGAAGUUCUCACCCUGUCUGCGACACCUUAAUCAUCCACUUCUGUUUUGAAUAUACCAAAAUUCAGGCUGGAUUUUGCCUGUCAGAUUAUGUGCCUCACUUUCCUCUCACAUUAGUUUGGUCUCUUACCCGGGUCCCUGUGUGUAUGUGCGGGCCAACCCUUUUUUCUGUGUGUGUGUGUGUGUGUGUGUGUGUGUGUGUGUGUGUGUGAUUGCUUACUUGUGUAUAUGAUUGUACACAUGAGUGCUGUUGAAGAUGAGAUGAGACGUGAGUGAACGAGAACAAGGUGAGGGAGUAGGAAGAGUAUUGAAUGAUUAGCUGGAGUUGUUCUCAUCGCCCCGGAAGCAUCCGUCUUUGAUGCUUGAGGUGGGGGGGGGGGGGGGGGCGUUUUAACACCACGACACGGUACUGUGACCAUUUGCCACGUUUUCUUACUCGUAUUCUCUUGCGAAACGGGAGAGACACGAGAGUCUGAAUGUGCCAGUCGCUUGAGGAAGCAGGACACUUAAAACACACCCGAGUCCCGAGUUAACGGGCCGACGCCUCCUGGGCCGAGUCCGACGCCUCGCCCCCAUCGGCGGGUGACCGAUUCCCCUCCUGCGCCGCGGCCCUGCAUCGAGGCCGAAACGCAUCAGAGCGCCACGCUUCUUCUCUUUUUUUUCUUUUUUUUUCAAACUGGACUGCAUUGAACGGACUCGGCGCUGCCAGUGAGGAGAGGUCCUCGGUCCGUAACCUAAAAAAGAACGAUGGGGUGGCUCUGGUCGGCACACACUCAAAUAUAUACACCAACAUACAAUUAUACGUCAUGUACACACACAUUGUAUUUGAGUAUUACUCAAUAAGCUUAUGUAAAUACAAAUGUAUCACUCUCCAAAUAUUACAGCAUACAUGUUGAUAGCUAUUUUAAAUGAUACAAAGUGUUGAGAAACCAUCAUACGAUACAGAAACGAUGUAAUGAAGCCUACUGUGAAUAAUAAUUGGAGAGCCUGAUAGCUGUGUGUGUGUGGGUGUGUGUGUGUGUGUGUGUGUGCGGGUGUGUGGAAGUGAUUGUAUGUGUUGGGAUGAGUGCUGAGGGGGGGUGGACGUGUGU